CAGUCUGUUGGAGGCUUGAUUGUGGUGGAAAACACAGAGAGAGGAGAAGAAGGAGAUGAUGAAGAGGAGGAGAUGACUGUGGACACUGAAGAUGCUGAAGAUUUUGAGGUGAUCCUACCUAACGAGCAGUGGCAGACACUCAGACCAGGCCAGGCCAUACCUGCAGGUUCUCAUGUGAGGCUGAAUCUACAGACGGGUGAGAGGGAGGUGAAGCUUGGAGAAGAACAGCUCAAAUACUGGCGUCAGAAGCACAUAGAGAACAAAUACAGCGCUGAUGAACUGAAGAAAGCCAUGAAGAAGAUCAAGGAGGAUCUGAACCCUCAGGGAUCUGUGAGGUCCAUGUUUCGUCCCCUGGAGGAGCUAAAGAAGGACAUGGCUCAAUUGGACCUACAGGUGGAGACAGAUGUUCAGAUAAUGAGGCGCCUGUUGGAUCAGUUCAGCAGCGCCCACACAGCUACAGAGCAGAGGCUGAGCAUCCUGCAGGAGCUGGAGUACAUGGUUCAUCAGGUGGAUAAUGCUCAGACACUGUGCUCGAUGGGAGGUCUUCGCUUUAUCCUCAGAGCUCUGAACAGUUCUGAUGUCCAGCUGCAGGAGAACUCUGCCUUGGUUCUGGGGUCGGCUGUUUCCAGUAACCCUGUGGUCCAGGUCAAAGCUGUGGAGGAAGGAGCUCUGCAAACUCUUCUUACAACUCUGGCUACAACUCAAUUACUCAGCGUUAAAAAGAAGGUCCUGUUUGCUGUGGCCUCUCUUCUACGCCACUUCCCUUUUGCACAGCAGCACUUCCUGUCCCACGGAGGACUGCAGGUUUUAUCAGAGCUGUUUGAGACAGAUGGAGGAGGAGUUCUGCGCUCACGCAUUGUUACCAUGUUACAUGAUAUGAUCAGUGAAAAGGAGCUGAUCUCUCAGGCAGGCCCAGACCCGGGUCAGGACCCGUCCCACAAGGAGCGAGUGCGUCAGUACUCAGAGAUGUCCUUGCAGGGCAUGCUGUUGGAGAAAGGUUGGUGUCGUCUGGUUCCCCAGCUGCUGCAGUCCAGUGAGCACGACUACAGGGAGAAGGCUCUGCAGGCUCUGUUGGCCAUGACUUCCAUGUGUUUGGAUCAGUACCGCUCAGACAGCUCCCUGCUGGGCUUGCUGGACUCUCUCAGAGUCCAGUAUGCAGAAAUGAUCCAGUCUGAAAGGGUUUCUGGAGAGGAGGACACCUACUUCACAGAGCUUCUGGGACUGAUAGACACUCUGCAGGUGAAAAUGAAAUGAGCAGAGGAUGGACGAUGA